CGUUGCUGCAGUGUGCUUUCAAACCCCAAGAGAUUUGGGAGCUCAUGUGUAAGAUCAUGAGCAUGUGGCAGAAGGGCGAGGUCAAAGGCCAAAAACUGAAGCCGGCUGCGACGAGCUUCUUGAAAGCGGACCAGGAUCUGGAAACGAGCGAGUCCGAGGGCGCGAAGAAAAACCAGCGUGGGAAGAGGCUUGAUAGGGCGGCUGCGAAGGAACAAGAAAUGGCGCUUCUUUAUCCACGGGUGCGACUGCAGGGUAACAAGGUCCCCAUGGUCGCCGAGGACAUGCCAGCGCAACACUGGAUAGCCAUGGGUAGUAUGGCUCCAGAGAACGUCGUCCCUAUCCUCCUUGAGGUCAUUGCGAAGCACAUCUCGCUCAAGGAGAUGGAGACGAAGUUCCAACUUGUCAAGCAAAUUGCCUACGUCUGCAAGGCAUUCGCAGUGGGGGUGGGCGCUGCUGACUUCAAGGACGCCGAGAAGGAGUAUCCUCUCCACACAAGGAAAGAGAUUUCGGAGAAGUUCGUUGGUGGCAUCAGAAGGGGUCAGACGAGUAUCCCCGCACUGGAUGGCCAUAUUAAACGGGCCAUUGAAUGGAAGAACAAGGAGAGGAGACUGCAAGCGAAUAACGCUAUUCACGCGUUCYGUACGAAACCUCUCGUGGAACCACAGAAAAACUGUCGUCUGGCUAUUUUCGACUUCCCUUACGGGUUCGCGCACGAGGGCCACGCAUCCGAUAAUGAGCCGUUUCCGGAGUCGGACGUUGUGGAGGUUCUUCACAAUCUGAAGGACGUUUCCAGUGCCCCGUUGUGGAUAGUUGCGGGAUUAUGUUCCGUGGACAUGCUUCCUUCCAUCCGUUCCGCGUUCCAGGAGGUUUGCAAUGCAGGGCAGAAGCUUUUGACGUGGUGCAAGCCUAAUGUGACGAAUCCGGGUGGGCCGCGGCUUGUGAGUGCGACCGAAUUCUGUGUGCUGGGCUACUACAGUGAGAGUGGGCAGCGCGAGAUGGCGCAUUAUAAUUUUGAUCCCACUGAUAUGCGUCACAAUUUCCAGCUCUUCAAUGCUGUGACGCAGAAGUACCAGCACCCUGGUGGCGGUGUUCUCUGCCCGUACCAGAAGCCGUAUACUUUGUUCUCCUGGCUUGUGAACAAAUUCUCUCCCGCAUGGGCCUACGUUCUGGAUGGUUUCUCCGGUUCUGGCACAGGCGCCAUAGCGUGCGUCAAGGCAAAUCGGAAUUGCCUUGUGGUCGAGAUAAACACCAAGUGCGCUAAGGGCAUCGCCACGAGGCUUCUGACAGACAUCGGUGACACACUUGCGCGCGAAACGCCAAAGCGGAAAGAAAAGGUCGCACAAGGCAGCCCGACCUCUAAGUUGUCUGGGGAUACGAAGUCUGCCGGAAAUGAACUCGUGCUCGACGAAAACACGGGCACUGCUGCUGGAGUGGCGGAUAACGCUGAGGCUGUCGUUGUCGGGCCGUCAGGUGCGAGUUUGCCCACUGCCGAGGCUGCUGCCGGCCCGUCCGGUGUGGAGCAAACUGUUACCGGUGCUAAGCCCGCUUUCGUUGUGUCUCUUCCCGGUGAGGGUAGACCCGUGACUGCUUCCAUGCCUGAGCCCAACGUUGUUCCUAAAGCUAGACCAGAGGCUGAGCCGCAACCUGCGUCCUGGCUUGUUCCCGCUGCUGCAAAUGCUCAGCAGAGCAUCUUGAGCCUCGCCAUGAGCCAGGAAUCGAGCAGGACCACGGCUGGCAACGAAAGGCAGGCGGUGAAGAGGUGUCGAGUCCGCAUGGUGGGGUAGUGAUUGGCCUCGAGGCCAAUACUCGCUCACGGACUGCGAAGUGACUGAGGCCACACCGUA